AUGGCUGCCAUAAACACAGACGAGAAGAAGGAGGCUGUCUCCAAGGUCCCAUCAGCACCAUCAGUCGAGGCUCAGAAGUUUGACAACCGCCAAGCAGACCAGGCUGCUCUCUAUCUCAACAGCACUGAGCACUAUGGGCCUCUCACUGAUGCUGAACACAAGAGGGUAAUGAGGAAGACUGACUGGAUCCUCCUGCCAAUGCUCUUCCUUGUGGCUACCCUUGGAGCCAUCGAUAAAGUAGCGCUUGGCACGGCAGCUCUCUAUGGACUGCGGGAGGAUAACGACCUCGUGGGCCAACAGUACAGCUGGCUGGGUUCUAUCCUCUCCCUAGGUGCACUUGUUGGCAUGUUCCCAUCUUCCUGGCUUAUCCAUCGCUUUCCUAGUGCCAAGUAUCUCUGCAGUUGCUCUCUGGGCUGGUCCGCAUGUGCCCUGCUUAUGGUUGCCUGCAAGAACUUUGCUGGACUAGCAGCCCUUCGAUUUCUUAUGGGCGCACUCGAGGCCAUCAUCGUGCCAGGUAUUUCCUUGAUGCUCGCUGGUUUCUACUUGAAAGAGGAACAGCCCCCGCGCAAUGCUCUGGUCUUUGCGGCUGCCAGUUCGGUUUUCAACGGUCUUCUGUCUUGGGCUGUUGGCCACAUUUCGGAUGACGCCCCGCUCGCCAUUUGGCAAUACCUCUUUCUCCUCGUCGGUUCCAUCUCCAUGUUAUGGUCCAUAAUCGCGUUGAUCUGGCUUCCUAGUACUCCCAUGGACGCCUUCUUCCUUACCGAACGAGAAAAGCACCACAUGGUCAACCGCUUGGCGGCCAACAAGACGGGAAUUGUCAACAACGUUUGGAAAUGGGCGCAGGUGUGGGAAGCUGUGAUGGACCCAAAGACGUGGCUACUUUUCUUCUUCAACAUCGCGCUCAACAUCCCGAACGGCGGCCUCAUCACCUUCGGCGGUUUGAUUAUCCAGGGCCUGGGCUACUCCGGUGUUGAAGCAUCCCUCCUCACCAUGCCCACAGGAGUCAUGUCUACCCUCUCAUCGUUCGUGUUCUCUCUCCUGUCCGCCAAGUGGAAAAACCGACGCUGUCUGGUCGUCAUCUUGGCCUGUCUCGUUCCUAUUGUCGGUACCGCCGUCGUCUUUGCCCUCCCGCGCAGCAACCUCGCCGGUCAGAUGGUGGGUCUUUAUCUCCUGUAUACUUACUUCGGCCCGUAUGUCGUCGGCAUCAGUCUCGCGCAAGCCAAUACGGCCGGCCACACGAAGAAGACCGUCGUGUUCGCCAUCUUGUACGUUGGGUAUGCCGUCGGCAACCUAAUCGGACCUCAGACCUUCCGGGCGAACCAAGCGCCUGAGUAUGUGGGCGGAACGAUUUCGAUGAUUGUUUGCUACUGCGUGGCCAUUGGUCUCAUCAGCGUGUACUGGGCUUUAGCAGCAUGGCAGAAUAGGAAGCGGACCGCUGGUAUGGAGUCCGGAAGCGAUCAGGAGGAGGACGUAACGGAGGCUUUCCUGGACCAGACUGAUUUUGAGCAGAAGAAGUUCUUCUAUACUACUUAA